GCCAUGGAGAAGCAAGCGCUGCGGCUGCAUCUUUUCCCGCUGCUGCUGCUGCUCUGUGGUGGGUGUGCCCGAGUGUGCGGCUGCAAUGAGACCCGGAUGCUGGAACGGCUGCCUCUGUGUGGGAAGGCCUUCGCAGACAUGAUGCAAAAGGUGGACGUCUGGAAGUGGUGCAACCUGUCUGAGUUCAUAGUGUACUACGAGAGUUUCACCAACUGCACCGAGGUGGAGACUAAUGUUGUAGGCUGUUACUGGCCCAAUCCACUGGCCCAGGGCUUCAUCACUGGCAUCCACCGGCAGUUCUUUUCCAACUGCACAGUGGACAGGACCCACUGGGAAGACCCCCCAGAUGAGGUGCUCAUCCCACUGAUCGUGGUGCCUGUCCUGUUGACUGUGGCCAUGGCUGGCCUGGUGGUGUGGCGCAGCAAACGCACUGACCAGCUCCUGUGAGAGCCCAUUAGACAGAAGACCAUGUCAGACAAGCUGGAAGAAUGUUCCUGGGGCUGCGAGAGCUGGUGGAUGGAUGUCAUUACUGUCUGGUCUGCUAUGGCUGCAUCUCACUCCAUUCAGAUUGAUAGUCCCUGGUGACUGGCCUGUUGCCUGACUGGGACUCAGGCUGCCCUCUCAAGCUCUUCACUCUUCCCUGGGCCAGUGAAAGACAGUGACAAAGCCAGGACUUGUGUGCUGGGCAUGGAAAUCAUCCUCUGCUGAACCCUUCACUCCCCUGUGCUAGGCCACCUUGUCUCUAGCCAUUUCCUCUCAGACUCUCUCCCUAUGUCAGCCCCAGCCCUGGACCUAACUCCUCUUCAGCUGUGACCCUGACCCCAUCUCCUGCCCAACCCUGGCCCCUGACCACACCCAUGUAGAAAGGGUAGGUGAGAGCAUUUGGCAAAUGUUAUGUGCUGUGGAACCCUGAGUCCUCCUGGUGGGGAGCCCAGAUAGAUCCACUGCUAGAAAGACUGAGGAGUGAGAGAGACUGGGGAUCCCCAGGAGCCACGUGCAAUCUGCAAAUCUUCCUGAUUCUGAAGCUGGUGUGGGUAGAGUGGGGCUGUGAGGACAGGGCCUUCCUUCUAUGCUGGGGCUGGGGUGGGCUUUCUUCCCAUGGGGCUCCCUGAAGAGUAAGGAACCCUGAGAGGGAAGUCUACAUGCUAAUGUUCUCUGUCUGCUGCUGUCUGCUAUUUUUGAGUAAAGAGUCUCUCUAA